UCAGGGACCAGCGCAUGAAGGCUCUGGCUAGGUCGCAACCGAACCUGCUGGCAGCUUUCGACGAUGACGACGGGGAAAGCAGUGGUGACGAUUCUAAGAAACACAGCUACCCGAGACUCAGUGAAAACGGAAUCAUGAACGGAGGCAGUUUCCCGCAAAGAUGCCAGUCCAUCCCGAACCUGCUUGAUGAUGACGCUGCGUCCACGAUUUCGGAUGCUUCCUGCGCUGCUUCCGGAAACAACUCCCAGCAAAUCGGAUCAAAAGCUCCCAGGAGGAAAAGCGCGUUGAUUGCCCAGUGGGAGUCCAUGAUCCAGCAGCAACAGACAGCAGCUAUUCCGGAUGAUAACUAGAGUGCAGAGACACGGGCGACACCUGUGAUAAACCGUUCUACGCCAUAGAUCUAAAUUUUGCACCAUCCUCCGCAACGAUACGCUGUCAGGUUUUUGCCUCCGUCCGCAAGCCCCGCGUUCCUGCCGUUGCAAGCUCCUCGAGCCAACCGAACAAAAUCGACAACCGUGCUGCUUGGGGACAGAUAGCCAUUGCGCAGUCGCUCUUGCGACGGUUGGCGGCUGUUUGAAUGAUUCGCAUGUGAACCUGGUGACGUUGCCAUAUAUAUAUUUUUUGGAUUGCAUAUUUAGGGCGCCGCUGCUAAGGAACUCGCUCUGCUCCGAGUUGUUGAUUUGUAUUGAUCCGUUUUUAUUUUUACCCGUUUAUUCCCCGUCCCCCCGAAGGCGAAGCCAUCCUGCUCGCCAGCUGAGAUCGGUGCACGCUAGCUGUGUAACGCGAAGUGCGUGCAUCAGCCGCUUUUGUGUACAAAGCCUGUCCGUUUGAAUCAGAAUCUGGUUUUUUUUCCCCAGCUAGACAUUCCAGGGUUGAAGUCUGCUGUUGGGUCUAGUUUUGCUUUGAUACGCUUGCUGGGAGGCAGUGGGUUCCAGGAGGGCCUCGUGUAUGCACCCUAGAAGUCACGAAAGGUCCGCUGAGGUUUCUGCUGCAUCGAAAAAGUCUUUCUGUGCCUUGGCUGUAAUUAUUUUCGGCAGUUUUUGAAUUGAUUUUUGGAAGAAAAAGAAGCCGUUGACCGUUUUAAAUUUAUUUUCGGAAGAAACUAUGUCCUUCGGAUCUUUAAAUUUUGAUUGCGAUUAUACCGCUAAAAUAAAUGUAGUCCAUGAAUGCAGAACAUACGCAUUCCGAUUUGCGAUUAAUUUCGCCGGACCGGAGAAAAUGUAUUUAAAACGGUUCUCGCAUUCUCCUUGCAUCAAAAGCUUGUAGUGGGUAACAAAACUGAAACUUGGAUCAAAACAAAAAAAUAUAUAUAUUCCAGUUCCAGCUUUCAAUUUCUUUUGAACUUUUCUACGAGCCUUCAUAUACAGUACUUCAGUUUAGUGUGGAACCGGAAAGCAGAUGCUUUGAAUGCGUGCCAAUAAGCGUUCCUUUAGAAGCAAUCCCGCCUCGAGUUAUUUCAAAGCUUCUUCGUUUGUUGUUUUGCUUUGGUAUCUACGAACAUUUGGACGAUUCGUUGGGAGAAGAGCCAUUGGAUAAGGAUUUUUUUUUCUUUCUUAGUACGGUAUAUAUAGAUAUAUACUUCUUUUGUUUUCAGUUCGGUUGAAACGCUUUGCUGCACGGUGUGCUCGCGUGAGAGGUCGCUAUAGGCAACGUUAAACAUUUUGGUUGCCGUGCCUUUCGUUUUUUUUUUUUAAUCAUGGAAAAUUCGGCGUGAUUCCUUUUUUAUUUUGUUCGGGAAAAUCUGGAAAUGUUCAGAACCCCAAAGCCCUUCGUUGGCAGCUGGUUCCCUUUGACCUGGUUCUAGGGAGAGUGGAGUGAUGAGGAAGUUUGUGUCAAGCCAAGCUCGGUAUUUAUCCGUUGACGGUUGGAGUGGAGAUAGAAUUGUACAGUAUUACGACAUAUUUCUUCCUGGCACUGGUAUUAGCUGUUUUAACCUUUUUUUUCGGCUGACGCUGAUGAACUGAACAAAAUUGUUGACGAGCGUGUUUGCACUCGGUGACAUGCAUAGUCCUGCUUGGAUGUUGUGUGCGGGACUUGCCGUGGUCCGGUUACAGACGGAAUUCUGGUGUAGUCGUACCGAUUCAUCAGCACAUCGACUCCGACGUCUUCUGAUGUCUUCGAAUUGCAACGAAAGGCUAAUAAAGGUCUACUUUCAGCAUA